CUACGCUCGAAGCGAUACCACGCCGGUCUAGCUCGCGAAGUUGUGAAAUUAUUGUGACAUAACCCAUUCAAGGUUCAACAAAUAGUUUAGUGAACCCAACGCUUGGAUUGCACCAUUUUAAGUGAACAGUAGUGAUCCCUGUGAAAAUUCCCACAUACACCAGGAAAGUGCCAGAAUAUAGUGAAAUUUACGAACUGAAAAGCAUCAAGUUAUCCAAUAUGUACAAGGAUUCAGUGGUUCCUGUGAUGGAGAGCUUCAGCGGAGUGGCCGCGAAAAGCCCAAUGGGCCAAUGUAUCAAGACGGUGCUGCGGCGGGCCUGUGUUGAGAAGCGGCUGACGGUCGGCCUGCUGCCCGCCAUCCAGUUCCUCUCCAGCAACAGCACGGGGGCGUUGUUCUGCUUCACCACCGAAGCACCUCCUGGGGACAGCGCCACGCACAUGCAAGAGGUGUUGCUCCAAGCCUUCUGCGAUGAGAACGACAUAUAUGUCAUUAAGGUUGAUUCAGAAGCCAAAAUGCGGAUGAUCCUCGGUUUCCCCGCCUUGGACUAUAGCUGCGUGUUGGUCCACUCUCCAUACACUGAUCCCUUCAGCGACAGUCAAGAGAUCGACCCCUCAGUCCUCACCGCCGGCGAGAAACACCUGAUCGACUACUGCGAGAGGAACUGGGGAUGCUCGCAGGUCCCAGUCAUCAAGCUACCCGAGAAGUGAACCGGAUAAAAAAAGAAAUCCAAGAAAAAAAGAUACCUUCAUAGGUUUAUUUGCAACUUGGUUGCGCUGCCGGUCGGCCAUAUUUUAUACGGCUUUGGCGUUUAACGCCAUCUAGUGUUCGGUAGCUGCACUAAGUCUUGUGCGCUUGGACGAACAUUCUGUUGAGAUGUUGUUGAUGAAAAGAUUUUGUGGAAUUGUGAAAUGUUUCUAAAGUCGGUUC